AUGUCGUCCAAUGUCGGUCUCUCCACGCCGCGCGGCUCAGGAACAUCAGGUUAUGUUCAGCGCAACCUGUCCGUCCUCAAACCUCGCGCCGUCGGCAUCGGCGCCCCCUACAGCCUUGACUCUGCGCGACAAGGGCCCAAGACUCGGAAGCCCGACCAAGAAAUCCUGAACCAUGACCGCCUACGAGCCAUUGAAGUCAAAGUUCUAGAACUGAGGGAGAAGCUGGAGGAAGACGAGCUUGAGGAGGAGAAGAUAGACGAAGAGUGCGACAAGCUGAGAGAACAACUGACCAAAGAGACGGAACGAGAGAAGAAUCGGGACGGUGGGAGAUCAGGAGGCAGUGGUGCUAGGAGAGUGGAUGGAAAGGGUCUCAAAAGUUACCAGGUGCAUGAGUUGGCCGAGGCAAAGGAACAAGAGAGUGAGCGACUACGCAGGGCUCUCGGGCUAAAACCUGACGGCAGGGUUCUAUAUCUCGAGAGUCCUAGCAACACUCGCCCUUCCCAGCAAGGCAACUCGCAGACUGCGGGCGAGAUGACAGCCAUUGCUCCUAUUUCUCUUCCGACAGCCAGAUCUUGGAAAAUCGGCGGUGUUGCCAUGCCUGGUCUCGAAUCCACCAAAUUACUCGCUGGAGACACAGGUCUGGGGCUCAUGGACGUCACCAUCAUCCAAGAUCAGGGAACAGAACUGUCGCCACCCUCAGACUGCACUGCCGUGGUGCACAAAACCGGAUUCUAG